AGACACUGAUUGGUUAAUAAUGAGCAUACGCGCUGCUGAUUGGUCUGUUAACGCCUAUGAACCUGCUACUUGUUCAGGAGCAAACCCGUUUUGUAGUCUAACAACAACCAGAGAGGAAAAGGAAAAUGGCAGGAGAGAAAUGCGAGUUUGAGCAAACUUUUUCUUUUAGUCCUCUUCCUUCCAAAAAGGUCUCCUUCCUACAGGACAAGGACACUUUAGCACUGUUAAUGAAAUGGUGACGUCCAUGCUGGGGAGAAUUUCAGCUCAGUCUUACAGCUUUGACCAGACCUUUUUCUCUUACAACAGUGAAAAGUUUGCACUGUGUUUCUUCAGAGAUCCUGAUGUGAUAUCCAGUCUGUCCAGAGGGCUGAAGACUGGGGCCUGGGUGCCUCUUGACAACACAGUUGUGUCUGUGGAUGUUGAGCCGGUGCCGUGCACUAAGGUCUCCAUGGAGCUGUUUGACCCACUUUACUCUUGUGGGAUCCUGAGGCCCUCUGGACAUGUAGUUAAAUGCUUUCAUGAUGUCUACCCCGACUUUGAUGAACUCAGAAGGAUGUUGUUGGAAGAGGACUCUGAGCACUACUACGUGGUCGGGAGGGAGGAGCGUGGAGAGUUUCUGUUUGUCCUCUUCAAGCACCUGUGUUUAGGAGGAGAGCUCUGUCAGUACGAAGACACCAUUGAUCCUUACAUUAGCACCACAAAGCAAAUCUACAAAGACCUGAUCAGUGUUCAGAAGGAUCCAGAGUCUAAGAAGAUCAGUGUUGUCUCCACAGUCCUCAAAGUUUAUGCCCAUGAUGAGUCUGGGCGAUGUUACCCUGGAAGACGAGAGGAGGAGCAGACGUUUGCAUAUUUGAUUGUUGACCCCUUCAAACGACACGUGACUUUGUUCUACCACUGUUAUGGUGUAGGAAACUUCACAUUGUGACUGCAAGGGACUGGAAAUUGUCUUUUAGAUGACAGCCUUGUCAUGGGCAUGUGUAUGUAUGUACAAACACGUGAACAUUGUGAACAAUUUAAUUAAAUUUAAUUAAAAUCACUCAUGAAGUGAUUCAUGUCUAAGUAUGUCAAUAAAAUGUUUUCAAACAGCCUUAAGAGUGAUUCGGUGAU